GCUCAAGUAUUGGAAACCUAUCGAAACUUGGUUGUCGAUAAAUAACUCGAACAAUUUGAAUUUUUCAAGAUUUUUGUGUUAAAGUCUAGUAAUCUAUGUUUUAUUGUAAAUAAUAGCAUUAUUUAUUAAAGUUAAUUCAGUAAAAUGAAAUCAUAAUAAUUCGCCACAUUCAGUAAGCAAGUGAAUCGAUCAGAGCUAAUCUUCCAUCCCAGUGUGAUAGAAGAGAAGACAAACUCUAAAAGUGAUAAGUGCACUCUGUUGAUAGAAGUGACGAUUAUCAAAUUUUAGUCAGAAGAAAAAAGUCAAUAAAAGAGAGCACACUGCUUUUAAAUUUCUGAUUAAUCUUGUUCGGUACUGGUUUCCAUUGAAGGCAGCUCUUUAACGCAAUCGACAGUUCAAAAUGCGUCCUGCAAUUAAGAUUGGAAUCAUCGGAGGCUCCGGAUUGGAUGACAGUCAGAUUCUGGAAUCCCGCUCGGAGAAGGUCGUGAGCACUCAUUUCGGUAAUCCAUCGGAUGUGCUGAUUGAAGGAAAGAUCGCCGGGGUAGAUUGCGUUCUGCUGGCCCGCCACGGGAGGAAUCAUUCAAUUAUGCCCUCGAAUGUCAAUUAUCGGGCAAACAUCUGGGCCUUGAAAACGGUCGGAUGUACUCACGUAAUUGUUUCGACUGCUACCGGUUCCCUCCAGGAGAGAAUCCACCCGGGGGAUCUGGUUAUUCCGGAUAACUUUAUCGACCGCACAACGAAGCGAGCUCAAACGUUUUACGAUGGGAACGACAUGCUGGUGGGAGUUUGCCACGUUCCGAUGGAACCGGCUUUCUGUAGCCGGACCCGCGAAGUAUUGAUUGAAACCGCCAAAGAGUUAGGUCUUGUAGGCGUUCAUAACAAGGGAACCGUCGUCACCAUCGAAGGGCCUCGCUUCUCGAGCAAAGCAGAGAGCAACCUGUUCCGCCAAUGGGGUGCCGAUUUGGUGAACAUGACCUUAGUUCCGGAGGUGGUCUUGGCCAAGGAAGCUGGUCUCUGCUAUGCGGCCAUUGCAAUGGCAACCGAUUACGACUGCUGGAGAGAUUGUGGGGAAAAUGUGAACGUGGCCGAUGUUAUGGCCACAUUUAAGAAGAACGUUACCAAAGUGACUCAGCUGAUUACGGCCGUCAUUCCGAAGAUAGCGGAAAUGGAUUGGACCGAGACGAUUGGGGAGCUGACGAAGACAGUCAACGGAAGCAUCAUGCUGCCCCAUGCAUACUAAAGAAUAUCUACGAUUUAUCUUGAUGGUCAAUCUACUGCCCAUACUCGCAUAACAGUCCCAUUUACAUAGGAAAUCCCAUAGAAUAUGGGACUGUUAUGCGAGUAUGGGCAGUCUAACUUGCAUUUAUAAUCUAAGCCAUAUUUCUUUGCACCUUAAUCUCGAUCAGUCGAUGCUAAAAGUGUACCACAUGAAAGUGUAAUAAAAAUAAUUGUCGGUAUUUAUUGGCUUCACAUUGAAA